CGAGAAGUCACCUACAAGACAUAUAGAGCUUCAUAUAAUCAUUUUACCCGUCUAUUAUGCUUUUAGUCAUACGCAGAGCUGUUAUAACCAGCCCUAUACCUGCCAUCCGUGCGCUAUCCUUUACAUUCCUUUGCGACGCUAAAGCUCCAGAGGAGGUAGCGGUAAAACCGUUAAAGUACAAGCACAGACUCAGGGCCGAAAAGAAGGAAAAAUCACACCAGAUCUACUUGGAAAAGCAAGAGAAGAAACGAUCCCAGGAAGCUGUCAGGGAACAAGCUCGUCAAGAGGCCCAGACCGCCAAAGACGCCGCGAAGGCUAUCCACGACAAGUAUUACACAUUCCCAAAGCCUAGCACCCCCGCCAGCUAUUUCAUCGCAGAAAAGGUAAUUUCCCGGGAUGAAGGCAUCAAAGCCAACGAGGUGCAGGUCCUGGCGUCUAGAGAGUGGAAGACAAUGGGCGAUAAGGCCAGGCAGCCGUACAUCAUCCAUGCGAACACGAUGAAGGCAGAGUGGGUGCGCAACAUGGCGCGGAUUCCAAGACUUCCUGCCACCAUGUUUGCCAAAUAUGUCAAGGAGAGCUCGAUAGAGUUUACGGGGUCAGCGCUGAGCAGUGAAGUCAUGAAGAAGUUAACGGAACGUUGGAGAAAGAUGCCAGAAAUGGAAAAGGAGUUGUACAGAGCCCCCCAGCAUGAAAUGGAUGCCGCUUUAGAAGCAAGAGAGAUUUUUGAGGCCGAGAGAAGAAAGGAACUAGGCGAGUAAUGAUCAUAUCAAAAGCCAAGCCGAAUCUUGUAUAUAUAACAGUUAGCAUCGUCCUACCAAUCCAUCCAAAAGGCUAGAUAAUUGUAAAAAGGAUGGUCAUAUUUCGCCAAUACGAGGCUUCUGUACGGCACUACCAAUGUAACUACCAAUUUUAUGACGCAUCCUACUCUUAGUUUACGGUGAUUACAGGGGCUUUUUGUCGCCAAAAAAU